AGGCUUGUACUGUUUGGACCUAACAAGCUUCAUGGUCGGUCAUGGAACUGCUGCAGUUCACAUGUCUGCUUUUACUUAUCAGCUUGAAAUGUUUGACAGGUUUUGGCCAGCAGUGUGGGGGUAACCAGUGGCAGUGUGAUGAUGGAACUUGUCUGCCUCUUUCCUGGCACUGCGAUGGACAUGGAGACUGUAUGGACGGCUCUGAUGAAAUGGCCUGCCCCUGUCCUAGGGGCCAGGUUGCCUGCAUGGCCGGGGCUCCUGGUUGUGUAAGUACCUCUGCAGUAUGUGAUGGGCAGCGCCAGUGUUCUGAUGGGUCUGAUGAGUUUAACUGCCCAGAGAACCAGGGCUGUCUGCAGGGGGACUGGAGGUGUAGGAAUAAGAUCUGCAUCCCCAAGGACCAAUACUGUAAUGGUGCUAACGACUGUGUGGACAACUCUGAUGAGGCCUGUGGCUGGUGUGGGCCAAUGGCUGUGCGUUGUCCUGGAGGGGCGUGCCUGACUGAAGAUGAGAGAUGUGAUGGAAAAUUGCACUGCUCUGAUGGCAGUGAUGAACCCUCUACCUGUGGGAGGACCUGUUCUGAAGAGAACGGUGGCUGCAGUUACUCCUGUGUGGAUCAGCCCUGGGGAGCCCUCUGCUCCUGUCCUAAAGGCUAUAGGCUGUCUGCUAACGGUGCCUCCUGUCUGGAUGUGGAUGAAUGCGCUCUGCCUUAUGGUCCAUGCAUGCACUUCUGUGUCAACACACCCGGGUCCUUCUACUGCCACUGCCGAGAUGGCUUCCAGCUUCAAGGAACCACCUACUGCUAUGCUAAAGGAAAUUAUACAAAGUUUCUGACUGCAAAGAAGGGAACUAUCGGAUUUCUGAAUCUGAAGACUCUGAGAUUCGAGUCCAUUCAGAGUAUUGGCUAUGAUCCUCUGGCCGUGGCCUUUGACCUCUCCAGGAGCUCAUUCUACUGGGCUGAUAACCAGGGGAACAUCUACAAGGCUAAGGAACAGCAGAGCAGGAUCCUUUAUCAUGGACAAUAUGGGGUUAGAAGUCUAGUCUGUGAUUGGCUGACAGGCCAGCUAUACUGGACCAACCAGAAGACCCGGUCUAUUCAUGUUGGGGCAGCUGAUGGGAGUGGAUUUGCAACGGUCUUGGCCAAGAACAUAGACCCGUUGGAGCUGGUCCUUCUUCCCAUUGAAAGCUUGUUGUUUUGGAUCAACAAAGGUCCAGAUGAUAAAAUUUCUCUGGAGAGAUCUGGGAUGGAUGGGAUAAAGCAGGAAUCUCUGGUGGUCCUCACUGCACAGGCUCCACGGAGUCUGACCCUGGAUGUUACAGCUAGGAGGCUGUACUGGAUGAGUGAUUUUAAAAAGUCCAUAGAGACUGUGCGAGUGGAUGGGAGUGGUCGCUACAGCUUUCUGGAGUUCUUCAAGAGGAGACUAGCUCAGAGCCUGGCGGUGUUUGAGAGGUGGUUCUACUGGACAGAUCAGAAGGGUCUGUGGCGCUCCCCUCAGGACCGACCUAAUCAGAAGACCUUUAUUCAGAGGACAACACUCCCUGUCCUAGAGGCAUACCAUGAACAACAGCAGCCAAAAGCUCCAUCAGCCUGUGUAAAGUCUGGCUGCCAGCUCUGCAUGCUGACUCUGGACCUGCCUGCUGGGUUCACCUGUACCUGUCCUGAUGACAAACUGCUCAUGGCAGAUGGCUCAUGUGAAUAUCCCAGGUUUGCUUAUGCAACAUCCACAACACUGAACCUGUUUGAGUUGAAAGGGAAGGAGCUGAUCAAGACAAAACUGCUGACUACGGAUGAUGUCAUGGAGUCUUUUGACAUCGACUGGAGGGGGGACUGGGUCUACUGGGCGAACAGCACUGGUCAUGUGAUGCGCUGGAGCCUCAAUACCGGCCAAACAGAGACUGUCCCUACGCUGAGACCAGCCUGCAUGGUGUCAGUAGACCAGAAGAUGAGAAAUCUGUACUGGCUGUCAUGUGAUGAAGCCUGUGUUGGCGUCACUAACAUGGAUCAGGGUUACCCACGGAGACUGUACCAGUCAGGCAGUGAGGUAAGAGAUGUUUAUCUGGACUGGCAGCGGGGGAGGCUGUACUUGCUGGAGGCUGGCUGGAUCCUAUCCAUGAGACUGCCAGGAGGAAACCCUAGGAAAGUCCUGAGAGUGGAGGGACACGUCGCUGGGCGCAUUGUUUUGGACCUACAAUCUAACACACUACUCUGGAACACCGAUGGGGACGAUCUGAAGAUCAUGAGUCUGUUGAAGUCCCAGACUCACCUGGUAGGCAGAGAGUGGAAUGUCCCUGGUUCCAUCGUGGCCGCUCAUUCUCCACUCCUGGUGUCGCUGUUUAAUGAUGUCAUCACUGUGUGGGACCGGCGGGACAGGAGGCGUGUCCACGAUGUCCCUGUCGGACCAGGCGUUGUCAGGGUGAUCGUGGCUCUGGAUGUAAAGGAAGUGCCUCCUGCUCAGCCAGUCUGUACCAGUCCAUCAGUGAGGUGUCGGGGCUCAACUUUGUGCAUCUCCCAAACUCAGCUGUGUGACACAUUGAGAGACUGCCCUGAUGGUUUUGAUGAGGAGUCCUGCAUUACUAAAUGUCCAAACCGAGGUGAGUUCCGGUGUAAGGACAGGAGGAAAUGUAUUAAGAGGAGUCUGGUUUGUGAUGGACGCGCUCAUUGCCAUGAUGGCUCAGAUGAGAUUGGCUGUCCAACGAUCGCUGCUCCAACAUCCCAAACUGCGCCCCUGAAGUGCCGUAUGGGUUCUAGACUGUGCAAGGAUGGUAGAGAGUGUGUCCUGCACAGCCAUGUUUGUGAUGGAGAGGUGGACUGUAAGGAUGGAUCAGAUGAACAGGACUGUGGAGAAUCUCCAGUUCCACUUACUACAGCUUAUUUGGCUCCAACUACAACCGUUCCAGAUAUUAUUCCUGCUCAGCCAGUCUGUACCAGUCCAUCAGUGAGGUGUCGGGGCACAACUUUGUGCAUCUCCCAAACUCAGCUGUGUGACACAUUGAGAGACUGCCCUGAUGGUUUUGAUGAGGAGUCCUGCAUUAGUAAAUGUCCAAACCGAGGUGAGUUUCGGUGUAAGGACAGGAGGAAAUGUAUUAAGAGGAGUCUGGUUUGUGAUGGACGCGCUCAUUGCCAUGAUGGCUCAGAUGAGAUUGGCUGUCCAACGAUCGCUGCUCCAACAUCCCAAACUGCGCCCCUGAAGUGCCGUAUGGGUUCUAGACUGUGCAAGGAUGGGAGAGAGUGUGUCUUGCAGAGCCAUGUUUGUGAUGGAGAGGUGGACUGUAAGGAUGGAUCAGAUGAACAGGACUGUGAGCUCCUCUGCAAAGCAGGUCAGUUCCAGUGUGCUCAUGGGAAGAAAUGUAUCGACCAGCAGCAGAUGUGUGAUGGAAAGGCACAGUGCCAGGACCGUUCUGAUGAAAUGGACUGCUUCAAGGCCACCAAGAGCUGCAGUCAUCGCUGUAACAAUAGCCGCUGUAUCCCAGAAACCUUCCUCUGUGAUGGAGAGAGAGACUGUGCGGACGGCUCUGAUGAGGAAGGCUGUGAUUCUAUCAAGGUCCUUCCUCCUGUCCUGCCAACUCUGGCUCAGACCUGUACCAGUCCAUCAGUGAGGUGUCGGGGCUCAACUUUGUGCAUCUCCCAAACUCAGCUGUGUGACACAUUGAGAGACUGCCCUGACGGUUUUGAUGAGGAGUCCUGCAUUACUAAAUGUCCAAACCGAGGUGAGUUCCGGUGUAAGGACAGGAGGAAAUGUAUUAAGAGGAGUCUGGUUUGUGAUGGACGCGCUCAUUGCCAUGAUGGCUCAGAUGAGAUUGACUGUCCAACGGUCACUGCGCCAACAUCCCAAACUGCGCCCCUGAAGUGCCGUAUGGGUUCUAGACUGUGCAAGGAUGGUAGAGAGUGUGUCCUGCACAGCCAUGUUUGUGAUGGAGAGGUGGACUGUAAGGAUGGAUCAGAUGAACAGGACUGUGAGCUCCUCUGCAAAGCAGGUCAGUUCCAGUGUGCUCAUGGGAAGAAAUGUAUCGACCAGCAGCAGAUGUGUGAUGGAAAGGCACAGUGCCAGGACCGUUCUGAUGAAAUGGACUGCUUCAAGCCCACCAAGAGCUGCAGUCAUCGCUGUGACAACAAUAGCCGCUGUAUCCCAGAAACCUUCCUCUGUGAUGGAGAGAGAGACUGUGCGGACGGCUCUGAUGAGGAAGGCUGUGAUUCUAACAAGGCCCUUCCUCCUAUCCUGCCAACUCUGGCUCAGACCUGUACCAGUCCAUCAGUGAGGUGUCGGGGCUCAACUUUGUGCAUCUCCCAAACUCAGCUGUGUGACACAUUGAGAGACUGCCCUGAUGGUUUUGAUGAGGAGUCCUGCAUUACUAAAUGUCCAAAUGGAGGUGAGUUCCGGUGUAAGGACAGGAGGAAAUGUAUUAAGAGGAGUCUGGUUUGUGAUGGACGCGCUCAUUGCCAUGAUGGCUCAGAUGAGAUUGGCUGUCCAACAAUCACUGCGCCAACAUCCCAAACUGCGCCCCUGAAGUGCCGUAUGGGUUCUAGACUGUGCAAGGAUGGUAGAGAGUGUGUCCUGCACAGCCAUGUUUGUGAUGGAGAGGUGGACUGUAAGGAUGGAUCAGAUGAGCAGGACUGUGAGCUCCUCUGCAAAGCAGGUCAGUUCCAGUGUGCUCAUGGGAAGAAGUGUAUCGACCAGCAGCAGAUGUGUGAUGGAAAGGCACAGUGCCAGGACCGUUCUGAUGAAAUGGACUGCUUCAAGCCCACCAAGAGCUGCAGUCAUCGCUGUGACAACAAUAGCCGCUGUAUCCCAGAAACCUUCCUCUGUGAUGGAGAGAGUGACUGUUCGGACGGCUCUGAUGAGGAAGACUGUGUGGCAAAGCUUUGUGGCCAGCAGCAGUAUCAUUGCAGUAACGGUCAGUGUGUGUCUGAGGCUCUCCGUUGUGAUGGCCAUGCUGACUGUGGAGACCAUUCUGACGAGAUGGGUUGUGCCAAACCCCCCCACUGUCCCCCGGAGCGCCGCUGCCCAAACAGCCAUGAAUGUCUUGUGGAGGAAUGGCUGUGUGAUGGGGAACAGGACUGCCAGGACGGUUCAGACGAGAUGAAUUGUAAGGUGUCUCCAGUGAUGUGUGGGGAGUUCCAGUGGAGCUGUGUCUCUAAGACUCAGUGUAUCCCUGCAACCUGGAGGUGUGAUGGACAGAAGGACUGUGAGGACUACAGUGACGAGGCUGGAUGUGACCAGUUGAAGUGCUCCAACCAGCUUUACCAGUGUGGUAGUGGAGAGUGUGUGGACCAUUCCCUGCUGUGUGACCACAUCAUCAACUGUCCUGAUGGAUCUGACGAGGGGCACGGUUGUUCCACCAAUAACUGCUCCAGCCCUGGGACCCCCCAAUGUGACCAGCACUGUGUCAGCACCCCUUACGGACCGAGGUGCAUCUGUGCUGCAGGCUUCCGGCUCCAGGCUAACGGUGUGUCCUGUGUGGAUGUUGACGAGUGUAAUGAGGUCCUAACACCUGUCUGCAGCCACACCUGCCUUAACACCCGCAGCUCCUUCCUGUGUCGCUGUCACCAUGGAUAUCUGCUGGAACCAAAUGGUCACAGCUGCAAGACCCAAGAUGAGGCUCACCUGCUGGCAUCUGUUCAGAAUGAGCUGCUGGUGUUGGGGUUGCAUAGCGCCAGCCUUUCAUUGCUCUCCACUAGUCAGACACCUGUGUUCUGUGUGGAUUAUGACUGGAGAGACCAGAGGGUAUACUGGGUCAGUCUGGAGGAGGAGAGCAUCAAGUGGACUUCCAUCAACACCAAGGACACAGGCACUCUGGUCAAAGGUGUGAAGUCUGAUUCUAUAGCUGUGGACUGGGUUGGCAGGAACCUGUACUGGCUGGAUGGGCUUGCCAGUCAGAUUCUGGCUGUGAGGCUGGGCACAUCUACAGUAAAGUCUCAGAACUACAUAGUGGUUCUGGAUGAGGAUCUGGAGCAGCCUCGCUCACUGCUGCUGCUGCCACACAAAGGGUUGAUGUAUUGGUCAGAGGUUGGUAGCGAUCCCCAGAUUGAGCGGUCAGCGAUGGAUGGCUCUGAGAGGAAGGUGGUGUUGACUCAUGGUCUCAGCUGGCCAGUCAGUCUCUCUGUGGACACUCUCACUGACCGAAUCUACUGGGCAGAUGAAAAACUGCAGUGCAUCGGCUCUGUAUCCCUGGAAGGACACAAUGUCAGGCUUCUGCAGCUGACUGAAAUGCCCAGUCCAUUCUCUGUAAUGGUUUUCAAUGACAUGGUCUACUGGUCUGACACCAAGAGGAGAACUAUUCAAGUAUCCCACAAGAACACGGGCAAGAACCGCAAAGUUUUACUCAAAAGACCUGGACAGCCUUUUGACAUCAGGAUUAUGCACCCCCUCCGGCAGACCAACGUGUCCAGCCCCUGUGAGAAGCUCCAGUGUUCCCACAUCUGUCUCUUGGCUCCAGGACUGUCUACAGGCCCCAGAGCUGGGUCUACGGGACCCAAAGCUGUGUGUAGAUGUGCAGCAGGGCUUCUCCUGGCUGGGGACGGCCUCACCUGCUCCACCCUUGUAGACACCACCUUCCUCUUGCUCCUCUCUCCUACUGCAGUUACACAGAUAUACCUUAGCACCAUCCAUAAUGGUGUGGGGUUGAAGCGGUUGCCUGAGCACCAUAUAUGGUCUCUGCCGUGGGCGCACCAGGCCUCGGGGCUGGAUUUUGCUGUACAGGAGAGGAAUUUAUACCUGGCUGAUGCUGCGCAGGGCUCAGUCGAUCUCCUGAAACUGAGUAGCUCAGGCCUGAAACAUGGCAGUAGAGUCCUGAAUCUCCAGGAUGAUACAGUGAUGGCUCUGGCUGUGGACUGGGUCACACUAAACUUGUACUGGAGCAGCAGGAAGCAGCCUGACCUACAUGUCACCACCACCAGGGGGCAGCACACUGCACCUCUACUCCAACUAGGCCUUCAGGGAACCACCUCCAUCGCCCUGCACCCCCCCUCAGGACGCCUGUGCUUCACGGCCUUGGGCCAGGUGAAUGUGAGGAGCCUGCCGCAGGUGGACUGUGCCUUCAUGGAUGGACGUAGUCAGAAGCUGCUCUGGAGGAAGGCUGUGAUGCCAACCUCCCUUCUGUUCUCCAACAAGGGCACUCGGCUGUAUUGGGCUGACAUAGGUGCUGGAGUAAUCGACUCCAUUCUUCUGGAUGGUUCUGGAUAUAAACAGUUUAAAGCAGAUCCUGGCCUCAUGUCCUUCACACUGGCUGAGAACGUGCUCCUGUGGAGCAGCCUGGAUAAAGAUGUGACUAGAAUCUGGUUCAGUGAUGGAUUUCAGCCCAAGCAGCUGUUUGAGGUCAAUACCAAUGUAGUGGCACUGAGGGUUUACAGCAAAACCAGUCAGAAAGGAACUAACAGCUGCUCAGAGCGGAACGGAGGCUGCAGUCAGCUGUGCCUGGCCUACCCAGGGGGGCGUAGCUGCCGAUGUGGACGUGGUUACCAACCUGUCGACACCAACACGUGUAGCCCCUCCCCCCCCCUCCAGUGUCCAGAGGGCAGCAGGGCCUGUAGCGACGGCAGCAGGUGCCUCCCCCUCACAAAGUUCUGUAACCACCAAACCGACUGCCUCGACCAUUCAGACGAGAUCAAAUGUUGGUCUGGAGUGAAUCCCCAAGAUGUCAGCCAUAGUAAACCUUCCCAGGGGCAUGCUGGGAGCACCGUCCCCCCUAGCCAGGACUGGUCUGGGAGGACCACCACCGGGGGGGUAGAGGUGCAGAAGCUGGACUCUGAGUCAUGUGAUGCCCAGCAGUGUAAUGGACAUGGGAAAUGUGUGACAAGGGGUGGAGAAACCACCUGCCAGUGUGUUCUGGGAUACCAUGGUGUGUUCUGUGAGGAGGGUGAGGGUCCAGGGGUCAGUAAUGCCCCCCUCACUUUGGGCAUCCUCAGCCUCAUUGGUGGAGUCCUCAUCGCUGCUGUCAUCAUCAGGAAGAGCAGAGCAAGAGCUGCAGCUCGGGGCCAGUCCACAGACAAGGAGACUCUGAUGACCAAUAUGGAUGAACAGACAGUCUACGCUGUGUCUUUCAACAACGAUCUGUAUGAUCCUGACCAGGAAUUGAUCUCGUCUGCUGAUGGGACAUCUCAACAUCUGUAAAUGUUGUCUUUUCUCUUCUGCUCUGAAAUAAAGUCUAGGAUGUUGAACCUCA